CCGAUCGCGCGUCGAGGGUAUCGGAUUGAUGGUUUUGUCACAUUAAGAUGACAACCAAUGAGACUCUCCGGUUAGUCGCGCCAGAAAGUGUUGGCGCAGGUGUACGGCGUGAAGUGUGCGCAGCUGCGCUAGUAGGAGAAGGCGAGAGCAAGCAUAUGGCGUUUUCUUUGAUUUCCUCGAUCAUAUUACUGUUGGUAACAGUAGCAAACACAAGUAACGGUCUCGAUUGCGUUUGCUCGGACUGCCAUUCGACGCCAAAUUGCAGUGUCUCUGCGGAUGGACGCUGUUUCGUCGCUUUUUCGCGAGACGAUAGGAUGUCUAGGGGCUGUGUCGCCGCUCACACGGUCUUGUGGCACUGCAAUCCAAUCAGUGGCAAUUCUGCACCUAUUACGCGGUGCUGCAACGACUACGACUUUUGCAACAGGGAUGUGGUUGUAGAUAGGUCGAUGAUAAUGAGCAGUGGAACCGAUCGGGCACUUGUCGAUUUCGCGUCCACUAGUUCUGCUUACAAAUCCGACGACUUUACGGCCGCUACUGAAGUAGAAAAGAAAUCGAAGUCUCGACACGACCAACAGCUGACUAUCAUUUUGGCGGUCGUUCUAGGCGCCGUAGGCAUCGCAUUACUUUUGGGUGUCCUUUAUGUGGUCAUCGCAUUCAAUAGAAGAUGCUCUCGGAGACACAACGUGGAAAGCAGCAAGUGUACGUCAAAAGUUUCGUUUCACUUGACGGUCGAAGUCGAUCAGCUCAUAGAGCAGUCGUUCUCUUCCGGCAGUGGUGCUGGAGCUCCUCAUCUAUCUCAGAAGACAAUAUCUCGACAUCUGCGUCUUGUCGAUACGAUCGGUAAAGGAAGGUUUGGUGAAGUUUGGAAGGCCGAGUGGCAGAAGCAAGCAGUCGCAGUGAAGAUAUUUCAUUCCAGAGAAGAAGAAUCGUGGCUGAGAGAGGUCGAUCUCUACCAGAUACCGAUGUUGAGACACGAAAAUAUUCUUGGCUUCAUUGCUGCCGAUCUCUUUAGCACAGGGUCUCAGACACAAUUAUGGCUCAUCACCGACUACCACGAUAAUGGAUCUGUCUAUGACUACCUUCAAGUCAAUAUUAUUGACUUGCCAUUGCUGCACAAAAUGGUGCUAUCAACUGCGAGUGGCGUUGCUCACCUUCAUACGGAAAUUCUAGGCGUUAAGGGCAAACCAGCGAUCGCUCAUAGAGAUUUGAAGUCUAGAAAUAUUUUGAUGAAGAAAGAUGGUUCUUGCGUCGUAGCCGAUCUCGGGUUAGCAGUGAAAGAGGAGACUGUAUUGCAAGUCACUGCACAGAUGCUCAAGUCUGGAACGCGACGUUACAUGGCUCCAGAGGUUUUAGAUGAGUCGAUCAACAGUGAAGAGUUUGAUUCGUUUCGAAAGGCGGACGUGUAUUCUCUGGGAUUGAUAUUAUGGGAGAUGACCACUAGAUGCCAAACAAACAGAAUAACUCCUCGAGAGUACAUGCCCCCUUAUGGAUCAGUUGUUACUGGGAACCCGUCAUGUGACGACAUGUUAUUUAUUGUUUGUGUACAAGGCGUGCGACCACCUACACCAGUUGACUGGGAAACAGAUUCAGAAUUCCGAGUGUACAGCAAGUUGAUUAACGAAUGUUGGAGUGGCAACAGUGCUGCACGACUCACUGCAGCUCGAAUCAAGAAAACCCUCCUGCAGAUCAGUGAAACUGAACUGAGUGAAUAGUCGACUCUGAACAUUUCACAAUAUAUAUUGCAUUAUUAGUACAUAAUUCUACUGACGCAAGCCAUAAUUGCUAUAAGCCAGACACUGCUGUAUAUCUUUGAUCUAAAGUACUGAAUAUAAGUGUUUUCAGUCAC